ACUUUGAUAUAAAAAAUAUUCAUGCCUUUUUGUUUGGGAAAUUAUACAACCCAAAGCAUGGAGGACUAUCCUGUAGUAUCGGACAUAUCAGUUGUAGAUGUUUAUGACAUUGCAUCAGAAAUAGGAAAAGAAUGUGAGAAACUGAUAGAUUUGUAUGGUGUAGGAUCUGUAACCAAUCUUAUGCCAAAAGUAAUACAUGCAUUAGAAUUGCUAGAAAAUCUUGCUACCAAAAAUGAAGGUGAAAAUACUACAGUUCAAGAAUUGCGAGCAAAAAUUUCACAAUUGGAAAGUGAUAAAAUUGGAAAGGCUGAAGAUAGACAAAAAUUUGAGAAGGAACUAGAACAAAUUGAAGAACAUUGGCAUCAAGAAUCUCAUGAUUUAGUAGAAAUGGUAACAAGGUUACAAGAAGAAAAUAGACGAUUAUCAGAGGCUUUGCAAGAAACACGAAAUGAUAGUCAGUACAGCACUCAACAAACUUUCACAGCUAGUCAAGAAGUUGAUGUAGCAGUGUUACAGCAUUUAAGAUCUAUGAUAGACAAACAAAGAGACCAAAUUCGUGCAAGAGACAAAGAGCUGCUGCAAAAGAAUAUGGAAAUAGAAAAUCUGACCGCACAGGUUGAGAAACUCGGAGUCGUUGGCCGGGAAUUAAAGAGGAAACAACGUCAGGCACAGAUGCAGGCACGUGGGCUAGUAGAAGAAAGAGCAGAUUUCUUGGCUCAGUUGCAAGAUCAGAAUCGUGAAUUAAUCAAUCUUCGCGCUCGCCUUGGUUUGGCAAAAAAAGAAAACGAAGACUUAAGUAAAUUGCAAACAGGUUGCCCAGACUUAACAAAUAAGGCUGUUUAUGAUCUAGACGAUCCUGAUAGACCUAGAUUUACAACAGCUGAAUUAAAAGAAAUUUUACAUGAGCGUAAUGAAUUGAAAGCAAGAGUAUCAGAUUUGGAAGAUGAGCUAGAAUUAUAUCGGCCAAAACCUGAAACGGUUGAAGAUGAUAAAGAUGCUCCUGUACAAGGUCCUCUUCCUUAUGAACCAGAUGAUGCACCCUGGAAAAGAACAUCAGAAUCUGGUAUUCGCAAAUUUUUCCGCAAAAUUUUCUCGGAGUCUAGCAGUAGUUUUUUAGUUGGUAGUAGUCCUCGCAGAAGUCUUUCUAGUUUAUCAAAAAUGGCCCUGUCAGGAAACAGCACAUAUGAUGAAUCCAUAUAAUGAUUUUUCAAUACACAAUGUUCAACAUUUUAUGAAGAUUUACUGAAGAUAAUAUUCUUGCAUAUACUCACCGCAUUUUAUUUCCUGGUAAUGAUACAUAAAUUGUUUUAAAAUGAUUUUUUUUGUUUAAGCUUUGGUUAUU